UAAGGCAAAGAAAGUAUUUACAGACUUUCGUAUGCAGGCAAGGAAGACGGGAGGUGGCCCGCCCCCACCAGAGCCCAGCCAGGCGACUACUCGAAUAAUCGAGAUCAUGCGGGACACAGCCGGCUUCAGCGGAGUGUUCGGUGGAGUCGAAACGGGGUUUAAUGAAAGCAAUGAGGAAAGCACAUGCAAUCUGUUGGAGGCUGAUAUUCCUCCAGAAUCAGGAAUACUGACACCACCUCCCAUUAUCAACCCUGAGGAAGCUGCACAGCCAUCAACAUCAGCAUCGACAUUAGCACCGACAUUAGCACCGACGUCAGCAUUGACAUCAGCAUCCUCGUCAGCACCGACAUCAUCAUCGACAUCAGCAUCGACAUCAACACCAGCACCGACGUCAGAAUCGACAUCAACAUCAAGCCCGCGAACAAGUGGUAAAUCCUCAAAAUCAAGAUCUAAAAUGUUCAGCAGGAAAGAGCAUGGUGUUGUUGAUAAAGUAUACCAGCUCCAGCAACAAGUGCUGACAGGGGAACUUGAACUUCAAGCAAUGAAAAAAAGAAAACUUGCUUUGCAGAUUACACUCUUGGAAAAAAGUCUUGACAGUACUAGUGAAUAUAUGGACAGCCCAUCAAAGCUUCUCAUGUCCAUGUUGAAAUAGUUAGUUCCAUACUGAAGUAACAUAGGUAUAAACACAUAGGUGAUAGCUAUCAGUGUAUUUUAAAAUACUUUAGUCAAGUUAUAGGAAAGGAUUACAAUCAACACAACAUUUCUUCUCACUUUAAUCACAAUCACAAUAAACUAGCCUGUUAACAGAACAUUACAUGAUAUUAUCCACUAAUUACUUUGCUUUUAAAAGUUUUUGUUAGCAACAUUUGAAAUGUCAAUAGGUUUAAGUCACUUUAUUGUGCAAAAAAUGUCCUAGCAAUAUGAUCUCUGAUCCCCUUGCCAUCAUGUCUUCCUCCAUAUGCCUCAACUGGUGGCUGCUCAUCUAUGUUGGCUCUGUCAUCAUCAGGCUCACACAUGUCAAUAGCAAUGUUGUGCAGGACAGCACAAGCAACAACAAUGCAACACACUCGGCUUGGUUCCAUCCUCACCUAUUUCGAAGGAAUAAUACAUAUUUUACUUUUUGUAUGUCAUUUUUCAGUAACACUUAGGUAAAUUCAUGAACAUUUGAGCUUCAUAAUGAAUUAUUAAAUAUUUAAUUUCAUAAUGUAUUUCAAUUAUGAGAUUUUACACAUACAUAUCCAAAUAGAUAUUUGAUACAUAUAUACUGUACAUGUAA